AGUCAAAAACUGCGAUGGCCAUAACUGAGGCCCUCUUCCUUGUGGUGGCUGCCCUGGUGGCAGUCUACCUGUGGUUCCAACGUAAUCACACCUACUGGCAGCGAAAAGGGAUACCCUACAUUCCACCUACGCCAAUCAUCGGAAACACAAAGCCGGCCUUUAAAAUGGAAACCUCAUUUGGACUCUACCUCUCCGAAAUCUACAAUGAUCCUCGGGCUCAGGACGAAGCUGUCAUAGGCAUCUAUGCCCUAAACAAGCCCGGACUAGUUAUUCGCGAUGUGGAUUUGGUUAAGUCCGUGCUGAUCAAGGACUUUAAUCGGUUCCACAAUCGCUACGCCCAAUGCGACCCACAUAGGGAUCCCUUGGGCUACAAUAAUCUUUUCUUUGUGAGAAACAACCACUGGAAGGACAUUCGCACCAAGCUGACUCCUGUUUUUACGAGCGGAAAGGUUAAGCAGAUGUACCCACUGAUGCAAGAGAUUGGCAGAGACCUGGAGGCAGCUUUAAAAAGACACGGCGAGGAGAGCUCUGGAAAGUAUAUCACCGAGAUCAAGGAGAUCUGUGCCCAGUUUUCCACCGACAGCAUUGCCACCAUCGCAUAUGGCAUCCGGGCCAACAGUUUGGAAAACGCCAAUGGCGAGUUCCGUAAUUAUGGUCGCCAGAUGUUCACUUUUAAUGUCUCGCGUGCCAAGGACUUCUUCGUUGCCUUCUUUCUUCCUAAACUGGUAUCCCUAUUCCGAAUCCAGUUCUUCACGCCAGAGUUCUCAUCCUUUAUGAGGAAAACCAUUGGUCAUGUGAUGGAGGAUCGGGAGCGAACGGGUCACGUUCGUAACGACCUCAUUGAUAUUCUGGUGGCUUUACGGAAGGAGGCGGCUGCGGAACCGUCAAAACCACAUUAUGCUCGUAACCAGGACUUUCUGGUGGCCCAAGCGGGUGUGUUCUUCACUGCUGGCUUCGAGACUUCCUCUUCGACCAUGUCCUUCGCCCUCUACGAGUUGGCCCAGCACCCGGAGAUGCAACAGCGCUUGCGCGAGGAGAUCAACGAGGCCCUGCUGGAAGGUGGUGGCAGCUUAACCUAUGAAAAGAUCCAGGGCCUGGAGUACCUGUCCAUGGUUGUGGAUGAGGUUCUGCGCUUGUACCCGGUGCUGCCGUUCUUGGAUCGAGAGUAUGAAAGUAUCCAGGGUGAGCCAGACCUCUCGUUGAAGCCCUUUUACGACUUUUCUUACGAGAAUGGAACUCCAGUGUUUAUACCAAUUUUUGCAUUGCAACGCAAUCCAAAGUUUUGGCCCAAUCCCAACCAGUUCGAUCCGGAGCGCUUCUCCCCCGAGAACCGUAAGAACAUACAGGCUAUGGCCUAUCUGCCUUUUGGCGCUGGACCCCACAACUGCAUCGGCAGCCGGAUCGGCCUGCUCCAGAGCAAGCUAGGCCUGGUCCACUUGCUCAAGAAUCACGCGGUCAGGAACUGCGCCGACACCAUGAAUCAAAUGAAGUUCGACCCCAAGGGGUUCGUGCUCCAAGCCGAUGGAGGCAUCCACCUGGAGAUCGUGAACGACGGCCUCUAUGACGUCAGUGCGCGCGAGCUGAACCAAUCAGUGUGAACUUCUAGUACAUGCUAUAGUACCUGGAGAUAGGGCCGGUGAUUAGCUGACAGGGUAAUAGCCCUCGGACAACAGGCUUAUGGAUGUUUAUGUUUUUCUAUUUUAAAAUAAUCCGUGUCAAACGCGGCGCUUCGUCUAGGGAAUCAAAAUCGGAGUGGUUAUCAAAUCGCAUUUAAUCUUUAAGCUCGAAAAUCUGGAAAAUUGCGCCACCAAUAAAUAUACAUAAAUAUAAUCUUUUAUUACAUAUUCGCAAAUCUGUUUUUAAACGCUUGGAAUUGGAAGCGUAACAAACAAAGUAGAGCUGCCUAAGAUUAUGGAAUAAAUUUAUAAAUGACUCUUAA